CAAGCUUUGUGGUGUUAAGAAGCUAUUUUACUUGCUGAUGAAAAAUAUAAAAGGUAGUUUCUAAGGCAAUACCCAAGCAGAAGUCUGAUUUUAAAGCCCGUCACAGACAGUUCAAAGCAUGAAGACUCUCUUUGUAUUCCUAGCCCUGAUUGUAGCUGUUCAGAGCAGUACAAUAGAGUUGGAUUCUGAAAAUGGAGAAGAGACUGUUGAAUCGGAGAGCUCUGGCAUACACCAACAUAGGCCUAAAUUCCUUAUGAAAAUGGUUGCAUUGAAUGAAACAGGCUCUUUCUCCAUGAAACUUGAGGGGACCACAUACACUUUCUAUAGCAACCCAAAGACAUUCGACGAAGCUGAGAAACAAUGCAAAAGACUACACAAGCGAGGUCAUUUGGCAUCUAUUCACAGCCACAGAAGCAACACAGUCCUCCUUAGUGUGGUAAAACGGGUAACUUCCAGUGGAGAAGAAGUCUGGAUCGGAGGCAAACGAAACAGAUUUCAUCGCCACUUUCACUGGACAGAUGGAACCAAAUGGGACUAUACAUACUGGCACCGUGGAUCUCCUGCCCAUUACUGGUGGUCAGUUUCUUGUGUGGUAGUGCGGACAAAAGAUCCUGGAUAUUGGCAUGACACAUAUUGCAGCCACAACAGGGGUUAUAUCUGCGAAUUCUGAGCAAGAAAAUGAUUAUCAGAAGAUGCCUGCUGCCUGCUUUGCUUCAUAUGCCUACUGCAUGCUACCUAACAAUGGGUUAUUGUCAUGGGAGGGGGUUGGGUGGCCAGAGGAUUGGUUUAUUUUAUUGUAAGGGGCAACUUUUAUAUGUUUUUAAAGGGGACUAGCCAGUUGUAAGUCACUAGUUGUUGAUUUUAUUUAGAAUUCUGGAAGGUUGUUUUGUUCCUAAGGGUCAUGACAUUCAUAAUUCAUAUGAGAUGCCUGUUUCCGUCACUCAGAAGAAAGUCAUUUUCAUGUUCUGUACCACCAUGGGAACUUAGGAACUACCCCUGUUAAUGGUUUGUGCCAUUUUCUGUACAUAUCAGAAGUUCCAUGCAGUAUUCUAUGUUUAAAAACUAUAACUGCUACACAGUAAAGUUUAAUAUUGCAGAAUGUAAAGGCUUUGUAUUGAAUUUAAUGGAAAAAAUGAAAAAUAAAUGUUAUCUUUUCAUGUG